CUUUGAAAUCCUACCAUGAACGCAUCUCCCAUCACCGUUGGCUUAGGCGAAGAAGGACGAGUCUCCUCAAAGACCACCCGGCUUCAACCUCCGGGAGGACAGACUCAUAUGUCCAACGACGCAGUUCCAGAGAGUGCCGUGCUCAAAAACGGUAGCAGGGUGACUCGACCUCCUGGUGGGGCCAGCACGAUCUUCUCGAACUCCCCGGACACGUCCCCGACUCAGAGUAGACCUACCAAAUACCGGAUGGCGUCCAGUUUUGAGUUGGGAGAUGAACAGCCUUCGCCCGAACAAACCCCUCAACGCAGACGAUCCAAGCCCUCAGUGAACCCUUUAACCGGCGAGUUGAUUGGAGCCUUUGGAACGUACCAGGAUGACAUGAGGAAAGAGAUUGAGACGCCUGAGCCCACUGUCACCCCUGUCAAGACGACUCGAGUGCCCCCUGGGGGCCACUCCACUCCGCUGUGGUAAAUUGGAACACCGCCAUUCAGAAGCUAGCCAAGAAGCCAGAAAGCCAGGAAGCCAGGAAGAAAGAAAUCGCCAAACGAUAGAAAGACAAGACACACUUGAAGAUGAUGAUGACGAUGAUGAUCUACUGAUCAGUUCCUGAUCAGUUGUUGAUCACGCUCCACUACUACACUACUUGUUGACGGCCACCAGAAUGAUUAGGAUUGGAAAUUUUAUAGAGACCUUGAAUCACUUCACGGCAACACAGAAGUAGUAGCAAUAUCAAAACCAAUAUUUCCAAGAAGAAAUUCGAACCAACCUUAACUUUUAUACUCCGAGCCAUUUUCUGACCGGCAACAAAUGUGAAUAAAAGUCGAAAAAGAACCGA